AACAGGAGGUGCUUGCAAUGCUGAUGUAGAGAAUUCCUCUCACUGGUUGUGGUUGGGCACUGUCAUCUUUGAUAGUGACAAGGUGAUGGAUAUAGAGCACAGAAACUGUCGUGAAGGUGAAAAGAGCUAGUUGAGGAAUUGAGAGACCUGGGAACUCCAAGAAGGAUUUAAGCAAUGUAUGGGUUCUCCAGAGGCAACUCCCUUUGCUCGUGCACACCUUAGGCGUUUGAUUCAGUAUGGAAGUGCAGAAUCUCAUUCCAAAAUGGCAGGCGGAAUCACCAAUAAAGAAGGAAAUAAGAGCAGCGUGAUAAUCAUGGAUGAGCCAUCAGGGAAAACCAUGAAGAGUCUGCCGGAUACAUUGUCAUCCCUCAAGGGUUUCAACAAGUACCUCACACCCAGCUGGAUUGAAUCAGUAUCUAACAUCAUCAAGGAAUUGACGCCAACCAAACCACAGAAAGCAACGGAAGAGAAGGCUCAAAAUAAAUUUGAGCAUGAUGAGACAGAAUCAGACACUAAGGUUGCAAAGAUUCAAGAUGAAAUGGAUUCACUUAAUGCUCAUCUAAAGCAGAUAACAGUGCAGAAGAGAGAGACACUAAAUAACUAUUUGGAUUUGAAAGGAAGUAUAAGGGUGUUCUGUCGUAUAAGGCCUUUCAGCCAUGAAGAAAGUUACAGUUACAGAACCAUGUUCACCUUGGACGAGAGUAAUGUUUUCUUAAAAGUUGCUGAAACCAAGAGAAAGCAAUACAAGUUCGAUAAGGUUUUCGACCCAUGCUCGACACAAGGUGAUGUAUUUUCUGAAGUCGAACCAGUGAUAAAAUCUGCUAUAGAUGGUUACAACGUCUGUAUAUUUGCCUAUGGCCAGACAGGUAGUGGAAAAACUUAUACAAUGGAAGGAAAGCCUACAGAUUUGGGUGUCAUACCACGUGGGAUUCAAGUACUAUUCGAUCGAGCUUCGGAGAGCAAGAACAGGUUUUUGUUCACUUUCAGUAUGCUCGAGAUAUAUAUGGGGAACCUUCGAGAUUUGUUAGUUCCAGGAAACAAAACCAAUGGGUUUCCGAAUGCGCCCAGCCUCUCAAUUAAAACAGAUCCUGAUGGUGGCAUUGAGAUUGAAAACCUAGUGGCAAUUACUGUGAAUAAUUUUCAAGAAGUGAAAAGAUUAUAUGGCAUGGGGACCCGUCUUAGAUCAACAGCGUCCACGAUGGCUAAUUCCACAUCAAGCAGAUCUCACUGUUUGAUUCGCAUAUCAUUGACCUCCUUCAAUGCACCUGAGAGAAAACAAGCAAAAAACAAAUUAUGGAUGAUUGAUCUAGGUGGAAGUGAAAGACUUGUAAAGACAAAAGCAACUGGGAAAAGGCUCAAGGAAGGCAAAGCCAUUAAUUUGUCACUGUCAGCCCUAGGGGAUGUGAUUGAUGCAUUACAAACUAAAAAAGCUCAUGUACCUUACAGGAAUAGUAAGCUUACACAAGUCCUGAGAGACUCUCUAGGAUGCGAGUCAAAAACAUUGAUGCUUGUCCAUAUCAGACCAGAUGAGAACGAUUUUUGUGAGACAAUCUGUACCUUGGGUUUUGCAACAAGAGUGAGAAGCAUUCGCCUAGAAAGUGAAGAAUCGCCAGAGGUAAAAGCAAGGAAGGAACAUUUGCUAAUGGAGUUAGAACAGAAGGUCAGUGAUUUGGAACAAGAAUGUGAAGAUAUUACAAGAAAAGUUAAGAAGCUUGAGGAGACAAUGGAGCAUCUGAAAGGGCCCCAGCCAUCUUUUAGCACAAAUUUAAUCAUUUCACAUCCAUCCACUGAACAACUGAAGAUUGACAUAUUAAAGAAUGUACGAAGUUUGAAGAAUCGUGGAGAAGUUUCUUCUGGGCUGCCAAGGUUCAUGAAGCCAACUGCUGCUAGCCAGCAAAGGAUAGGCUUAAAUAACAGCAUUCCCAGCAUUAACAGGAUGAAACCACCAGUGCCACCAAAGAGAAGGCCUUCCUCAGUUUAUGCUGAAUCUGUAAGGCUUCCACUAAAUGCUAACACUUGGCAGUCAGAAUGCAGCUCUGAAUGCAGUCUCUCCAUGACAAGUGACAUGAAUUGGACACCGAGCAUACUAGAUGGAACUGAAUGCAGCCAAGAAGCAUCAGAGUACGAGAUAAAACAGGUGAUUUUCUCAGAACACGAGAAACCAUCACAGGGUCUUUCCUUCAAAGAAUGCCAACUUACAGAAUCAGGAAAUAUGAAGAACAAAACUGAAGACAGAGGGAUUAUAGACAUUGAUAAAUGGAUCCACCAACAAAUACUUGAAAACACUGGCACAUGUCAAAAUAAAAUGGUUCUAACUGUUCCCAAAGUAACUGAAGAGGAAACUCCCAGUAUUCCUUCACCAAUUAAGAUGGAAAAGACUGAAGGUUGUAAACAGGUACAUGAUGAAGAAAGCGACAUGACACUUCGUUACCCACCACACAAUUUAAAGGAUAUCAGGCACACUGCUAAUCAUUUAGCUGCAGUAGAAUUAUGCAGUCCUCCAUCAAAAGAAUUUUGCAGCAAAGACGAAUCAAAGAAACAUAAAAGUGGAACUCUUGCAAAUCAUGGGAGGUCCAGAAGAUCGCUUCAAGAAGAGCUGAAUGAGUGCAUGCUAAAGCCAGAAAAGGAAUCAAAAGCUGAUCCAAGUACAAAUCCUGGAAUCAGGUUCCAAGAAGAGGAACACAACAUAGGAAAGUUGACAAAGUUCUUUCAAGCUCUCCGAACAGCAUGGGUCGGUGUUCUUCUAGGAUUAGGCACUGUCAGCCUUGGAUUAGAGCACGACUUCUUUCAGAGCUUGAUGCUCUAAAGUAACUGUAAUUUGUCAUUUUUAAGAGGUAGUACUCAGUUUUAAGAGAGCACUACUUCAGGAAAUGUAUUGCCGGUUUGACAUAGAGUAGUAGGUGAAUUGCUGAUCUGGUGCUGCGUUGCUGCAACAGUUGGUUUGAUUACAGCUGGAUUCUCGUAGGACCAAAAUGGAACUUGUAAGGAAGUGUAAUAAAUUAAUAACGAACGAACGAUUGUAUGAGAAAUUCGACAUAGCA